GUUCCGCGGCGAGUGAGGCGUGGAAGAAGACGUUUUUGUCGUUGAGCCCUUGUAUUUUGCUAAUUCUCAAUUUUACCCUCGUAUUUCUUUAUAUUAUUAUUUGUCCUCGAACUUUUAUUAUGCUGUCAAUUAUACGGCCGGACCUACGUAUGAGAUCUGAGAUCGUAAACCCGAAUCCAUUGCCUGCUCUUCGUCCGCUCCAUUUCCGGCCGGCCAGAUCUGCCGUCGAAGGACACUGCCUUCGCAUCUGAGACGCUCCCUCUGCCGUCGGCGAUUUCUUGCUGCCUCAUCCAUCUGGGAAAAUGGUUGAUCCAGAUGUAGCGCUCCCGCAGAUUGCGAUAUUAGGUGCGGGCAUCUUUGUUCGCACGCAGUAUAUCCCUAGGCUGAAGGAAAUAGCCGAUCGCGUGAUUGUUAAAUCAAUUUGGAGCCGCAGUGAGGAAUCUGCUAAAGCUGCUUCAGAACUUGCCCGAGAUUUUGCACCGAACAUUGAAUACAAAUGGGGCGAUUCUGGGAUCGAAGAGAUUAUUCAGGACAGUUCCAUUACUGCCGUUGCUGUAGUUCUUGCCGCCCAAGUUCAGAUUGAAGUUUCCCUAAAGAUGUUGAGAGCAGGAAAGCAUGUUAUUCAAGAGAAACCUGCUGCUGGAUCUGUUAGUGAGGCAGAGGCAGCACUAUCAUCCUACAAUUCUUUUUGCAAUGACCUCCCUCGCCAACCUGUUUGGGCUCUGGCUGAGAAUUAUCGCUUUGAACCUGCAUUUGUUGAGUCCAGAAAAUUGUUGAAUAGCAUUGGUGAUAUGAUGCACGUCCAAGUCAGCAUUGAAGGAUCAAUGAACAGUAAAAAUCCAUACUUCUCAAGUUCCUGGCGGCGAAAUUUUACUGGAGGCUUCAUUCUGGAUAUGGGCGUACACUUUAUUGCAGGAUUGAGAAUGAUUGUUGGGUGUGAGAUCAACAUGGUAUCUGCCAUUACUCGUCAUGUGGAUGUGACUCUGCCUCCACCUGAUAAUAUAUGCUCUCUCUUCCAAUUGGAAAAUGGGUGUGCGGGGGUAUUUGUAAUGGCAGUGAACUCAAGCUCUCCAAAGAUAUAUUGGCGUAUUGAUGGUUCUAAAGGAGCAUUGCAAAUUGAGCGUGAUAUUGACAAUGGUCGUCAUGGCUAUAUGGUACGCUUUUACACAGCAGGUGGCCAUUGCCAAAGUACUUUUUAUCCUUUCUCUGGCGUAAAUGAGGAAUUGAAGGCAUUUAUUUCGGAUGUUUUACAAACCAAUAACAAAGAGGGUUCAUCUGGCCAUAACCCCGAAGCUCGUAGUUCAUAUAUCGAAGGGGCACGCGAUGUUGCUGUGCUGGAAGCCAUGCUUGAAUCAAGCAUGAAACAAGGAAAUCCUGUCCAUGUGAAAAGGCUAUGAUUAACUUGUGUUCAAGAGUCUUUUCUAGAAAAAUAAAAUCAGUUCUUUCAUUUUUGAUUUGGUAGAAGAAACUCAUAUGUAGUAUGCCUAUAGAAGAGGAGGAUUUCUUUUUGAUACUUUAUGUUGAUCCUGGAGUAAAAUAUGUGUAAUGGGCAUAAUAACUACUGCUAUUUGUUUCUCUUUCA